UAUUGUGUUUUCUCUUGUUCAUCUAACAUUUUAGAAACUUGCAACUGAGAUCUGUAAAUCUGGUUUUGACAAAACUUUCGAAGCUAUGGAUUGCGAGACGGCACUGAAAUGGCUGACAAAGGACGAUGGAAUUGUGGGUAACAAAUUUCGAGAAUUUCUCUCAUCUCAUGGGCAUCGUUGCUUGAAAGAGUUCGACACCAUGACAAAGCCAUGGAACGAGGAUCCUCAGAGUUUAGUGACGACGUUGCAGGCCAUGGUAAAGACUGUUCAUUUGAUGGCCAUUGCCAAAGAAGAAUUACCAAUAACAGAAGCUAUUGAACAAAUCAAGUACAAACCAACGACGUUUUCCAGGUUUAUUCUACAUUUCCUUGUGUCACAGGCACGACGGGGAGUUUGCCUCAGAGAGAUGAGUAAGUCUCUCCUAGUGAAAUACGUAGACAAUUUUAGAAAAAGUUAUCGUUUGUUGGAGAAAUUGAUGGUGAAAGAAGGAAGACUUCCAGAUUCUGAAUUACUCCACUUCUUCACUAACGAAGAGAUUCGAGAGCUUCUGAUGACACGAUCUGCACAUUUGAUCUCAGUAGCCGUUCGCAGACGCAGAAUACACAAGAAGUUGAAUGAUAUGAUGUUUCCGGAAAUUAUGAUUGGUGAACCGAAACCAAUCUCAACUGAAGAAGUUGAGGACACUUACUCCUCUCUUCAAGAAUUACGAGGUGUCACAGUAUGUCAGGGUGUUGUGAAGGGAGUGGCUCACGUCGCUAAAAACCUUAAUGAAGCAUCAAGUUUACAGCAAGGAGAUAUUCUCAUUGCCCACUCUACAGACAUAGGAUGGUCUCCAUACUUUCCACUUCUGAGUGGUAUUGUCACAGAACUAGGGGGUCUAAUUUCUCACGGUGCUGUGGUCGCAAGAGAGUAUGGUCUGCCUUCUCUAGUAGCAGUUCAAGGCGCAACGACUACGUUCAAGACGGGUGACAUGGUAAUUCUGGAUGCCACACGGGGUGUACUGAAAAAGAUCCAAGAUAACAAAGAUGUUGAAAAUUAGUGUCAACUAGUUACGUCCCACAUAACGGAUGUGCAAUGACGCUUUUGUAACGUUGUUAGAUCAUGAAAAUUCUUUGGGGCAUUUAACUUAGUACAGAUUUUCUUUGAAAGACUAGGUAGAUUUUAAAAAAGGAAAAAAAGUUUAGAACAAAAAGUGUUAUUAACUUAUUAAAAUACCUCAAUUUGUUCAUAUUUUUAUUCAAAAUAAUGCCAUGCAACUAUGACUUUAGAAAUUACUACAUUAAAAAGUUUCUUGUCCUUGUUAAUCU